AUGGCACGAACUAAGCAGACUGCUCGUAAGAGUACCGGUGGCAAGGCCCCGCGUAAACAACUUGCUUCCAAGGCAGCACGCAAGUCGGCACCAUCAACCGGUGGUGUCAAGAAGCCUCACCGAUACAAGCCAGGAACUGUCGCUCUCCGAGAAAUUCGACGAUACCAGAAGUCGACUGAGCUCCUGAUCCGAAAGCUGCCUUUCCAGCGAUUGGUUCGAGAAAUCGCACAAGACUUCAAGUCCGAUCUUCGAUUCCAGUCAUCUGCCAUCGGCGCUCUCCAGGAGUCUGUUGAGGCUUACCUCGUCUCUCUCUUUGAAGAUACCAAUCUGUGCGCAAUCCACGCCAAGCGUGUCACCAUCCAGUCCAAGGAUAUCCAACUCGCUCGAAGACUUCGAGGCGAGCGAUCUUAG